AAUAUUAUCGUUUUUUUUUGCAGGGUUUUUUGGUUUGUUUUUAUUUAGUUAGAAACAUGACUGAAGUUUUAAACCAGAUUCUUAAUAAGACGGUUGAUUCUUAUAAUUUGGCGACAAAAUGGGUGAAUUCAUCGUGUUCAAAUUUGUUACCUCAUGAAAUUAUUAUCAUCACUGUAAUAACCAUCUUUUUCACCUUCAAUCUUUACAAUUUUAUCUUCGAAAACGACAAAAGUUUUUUUGAACGAGUGAAGGUCGGUUUCUUCUACCAUGCUAAGCGUUUGCCAAUCAUUCGGUCGAUUGUAAAACAGCAAAUGGAGAGCGUUCUUAAUGAAGUUUCAGCAGAAAAAUUGUUUCCUUUGAAGUCUGGCAUGCAUUACCUCAAUAAAUUGCCAAUCCGCGGUAAAACGCAUCUACAAAUUGACAGAGUGGUGGAAGAGUAUUUAUCUUUGGAUGACGUUGAUUGGAAAAACGGAAAUGUGUCGGGUACUGUGUAUGGGGGAGACGCUGGGUUAACUGAUGUGAUUACAAAGGUUUAUAAGAAGUUUGCGUGGAGUAAUCCAUUACAUCCGGAAGUUUUUCCAGGUCUUCGUAAAAUGGAGGCAGAGAUCGUAAGGAUCUCAUGCGAGUUGUUUAAUGGGAAUCCACAAACUUCAUGCGGGAGUGUUACUAUUGGGGGCACUGAGAGUAUUUUACUUGCGUGUAAAACCUACAGAGAUUGGGCUUAUGGAAAAGGAAUUCAAAAACCGGAGAUUGUUUGCCCAGUCAGCGUACACGCUGCUUUUGAAAAGGCUGCUCAUUAUUUUAGGAUGAAGUUAGUUCAUGUUCCUGUGGACUCUGUAACGCGCAAAGUAAACGUCAGCGCAAUGAAAAAUGCUAUUUCUAGAAACACUUGUAUGUUAGUUGGUUCGACCCCUCCUUUCCCUCAUGGAGUUCUAGAUCCUAUCACGGAAAUUGCUGCUCUAGGCAUGAAAUACAAUAUCCCUGUUCAUGUAGAUGCUUGUUUGGGUGGCUUUCUACUUCCAUUUAUGAGUGAUGCAGGUUUUCCUGUCCCUCCUUUCGAUUUCUCAGUACCGGGCGUGACGAGCAUAUCCGCUGACACCCACAAAUAUGGUUACAGCCCUAAAGGAUCUUCAGUUGUCCUGUACAGUGACAAGAAGUGGAUUCAUUACCAGUAUUUUGUAUCCCCUGACUGGCAGGGUGGCAUAUAUGCCACUCCUAUGUUCGCAGGCAGUAGAAGUGGUGCUAUCAUCGCUGCAUGCUGGGCAACCAUGAUGUACUUCGGCCGUGAAGGUUAUGUCAAUCGUACAAAGAAGAUAAUCACAACAGCUCGGUACAUAGAACAAGGGUUAAGAAAGAUUGAGUAUAUCUAUGUAUUAGGGAAGCCAGAAAUGUCAGUUGUUGCUUUGGGGAGUCUUGAUUUUGAUGUCUUUCGUCUCUCCACUGAGUUAGUAAAGCGUGGUUGGAACUUAAACAACCUUCAGUUUCCUGCGAGCAUCCAUAUAUGCUGUACGAUGCCGCAUACCCACCCUGGUGUAGCUGAUCGAUUGCUUCAAGAUAUCCGUGAGAGUGUAGAUAUCAUUAUGAGCGACCCUAAAGCAAAAGCUACGGGUGCUGGGGCAAUUUACGGGAUGGCGCAAUCGAUACCUGAUCGUUCUAUCGUAACUGAAAUAUCCCAUGGUUUUAUCGACGCCCUCUAUGACACGGGCAGCAAGUCUGUUGCUAACGGAAACGGGUACGCAAAGUGACAUCACAAUUGAAAAUUCAAAUUUAUGCGAAAACCUCGGUGUGAUCAAUCCAAUAAAUUCUAAGUACGUAGUAGCCUAUUCAAAAUAUUGGGCACUUAAUUAUGGCUAUAUUUUAAAUAAAGUUAUUGAGAAGUGUUACUAAAAUUUUAAAUAUAUAUAUUUAUAUUUGAAAAUUGAAAAAUAUGUUGUUGUUGUUAAAUUUCAUUUCUGUUUAAUAGCUUAUGCAUUUAAUAUAUUUUUGUAUGUGCUGUGAUAUAUAUAUACAUGUCAAGUAUAUCUUUGUUGUUUUGUUUAUAUAGGCAUGCCUGUUAAAAUGUAAAUGACCAUAAUUUGAAAAAGACAUUGUGUGUGUGCUUGUACCAAAAUGUGUUGAAAAUUCCCCAAAAAUGCUUGUUUUAAAAAAUUGCAAUGCUGUUUUAACUUAUACACUCUGCUUAUGCAUUCCUAUUAAAACUAAAAUUUACUGCAAAACCCGAAUUCUUAAAAACGCCCAUCAUAAUUGUGUAUUGUGACGUAUAUCCGGUACACGCUGCUUGUUUUCUGCAUUAAAAUAUUUAAUUUGUGUUUUUGUUUUCACCAUAUGGUAGUAGUGACCUAAUUAUUAAUGCGUAAACAUCACAUCUGGUCAAAGACAAAUCAA